AUGUCUGGACAAGGUACCCCGUGCAGAAUGCAGAAAUCCUCUCCCAAUUUGCAAAAACAAGGACCCCUGAAGGCAACUAUUCCAAUGUCUUCAGUAAUGAAACAAAAUACUAAUUUGAAAUCCAGCAGUAGUGCUACAGUUUCACCUACCUACUUGUGUAAAAAUCGAAUAUCUCCAGAGCAGUCAUCAGGACAGAGAAGUCCUGGGUCUUCAUGUAAAGGUACAUCAAAGACUUUGGAAUGUGGUUCCAUAAGGAGAACAGCAUCUUUAGACACUAUUUACUUGAAAGGACAUUGGCCAAGGGAUCUAUUCUACUGGCAUCUGGGAACCCUACAAAUUGAUAAAGCCACUCAAACUGAUGAAUCAGAUAAUUUGGAUGAAGUGAUAGUGCAGAGCAUAUCUGAAAAUAGUGAAAAAUUGGAAAAAUUACCUAUUAGGCCAGUUAUUAGAGGUUCUAAAGAUUCAGGAGGAAGGCAUGGCUCUCCAGGAGAGAAUACUCUGAAUAGUAGUUCACAAACUUUAGCAUCGUUCAUCCUUUCGCCGACCUUCAAGCCGUCGGCCAUCAACGUGCCCGCCCAGCCGCUGCCCAAACCGUCGAUGCGCAGCAGCGUGGAGGGGCUGAACCAGGAGAUCGAGCGCAUCGUGCUGAAGACGGGGCGAGGAGGCGAGGGGCGUGGCGAGGGCGGGGCGUCGCGCGGCACGCCCGAAGGUCACCGCGCGCCGCUGGCGGAGCUGCUGCGCGGCGCGAGGUCGCGCUCGGCGAACACGCCUCGAGAGGGCAGUGGCGGGUCGAGGUCCUCGGAAGACAGCCAAGGCUCGAGUCCCGACCAGGAGACGAGCAAGCUGGGCUCCUCGCCGCAAAUCAACAAAUUCCUGGCUCGCGAACCGCCCGACGGGUGCGAAAAAGUCCACUCGAAGUCCCUGGACGACAGGCGGAGCUUCCCGCUGCCGCACGUCAGCCAGCCGCCCAGCACCUUCAAGCUGAAGCCCAGUCUGGGCUCGGCGUUCCAGAGUCUGCAGCCCAGCGUCAGCGAGGCGCUGGAUCGAGACUUGCCGUUAGUGCCCUCCCGACGAGAUGACAAAUAG